CAUCCUGUUUCACCCCAAACAUCGCCGACUCAAGUCUCGUUCUCCACGGCAAUCGACUCCGCUUGGUCGAAUUACAUAUAGAGGACACCACUCUCGGGGUCAUCAGACCUAAUCUCGUUCUAGGACGGCCGUCUCGACUUGGGCCUGGCCGUGGCUCGUGGCAGCCUCAUGCAGGUAGACCGCACAAUCGAAAUCCGAGGGGAAGAGAGGGUAGUGAGACAGCAGCGGAAGAAGCACAGCCGCGGGAUACUGCUUAUCAGCCAGCUGUUGAGAAAGGGUACCACCGAGGCAGCUGGAAAACCCAUGCAAUCUGUGUUUGCUGAUGAAGUUGAGCUCCUCGAAACGGGUAGAGAGCAUGUUGAAGGCAUCCGAGAGAGAGCAUCGAAACGCGGGAAACGACAGCCUGCUGCUGCUGCUGCUGCUUCAUCUGCUGCGGCGAAGAAGGCGAAGCGCAAGGGGGCGGACGCAGCUCUCUCCGACCCUCUAGCAUUGGCUCAUGAUGGCGGGACUAGAAGCGGUGCUACCCCAGAGACUUCGCGGGAGGAAGCGGUUGCGGACGAGCGUCGCUCUAGCGCGAUGGAUUUGAUGCAGAACGACCCCGUGUUGAUAGAGCGAGUACGGGCCAUGCUGGAUACUGGCGCGGCAGAGCAGGCAGCAGCUAAGGUGGCUGCGAUCGACGCGGCCAACACUCGUGCACUCCGCGCGUCGUUGCAAGCGCUGAAGCAGCACUGCAACAGCUGUAGGGCGGACCACUUUCCAGACAGCGCUCGCUGCAGCAGCCGGAGCGGGAGAGCACACGUGUCGGACGUGUGCCACGCCGGCCAGCGGUGCAAGCCCGUUGAGUCUGGUGGAGUGAGCCUUGCCGAGCGAGCCAACAGUCUCGGCAUUCGGCACGAGACUUUCAGCGACGCACGGCGGCGGAUGUACAACACGAACCACGACAUCGCCCCCAAGAUCGCUGCGAGUGAGGGAUACUACGAGUACAACGAGCGCAAGACACGGAGUGACGUGACGAAUCCCGGGAACAGAGGAGGAGCAGGGGGAGGUGCAGGAUACCUAUAGUCUUGUGUGGGCUACUAGUGUGGGGGUGCAGAACCCAAAGGCUACGCUGUUUGAAGAUUCCGUCGUGGGGAGGUCGGCCGGCCGCGAGAGGUCGUACAGCGGUCGGGAACAGCGGGUAGACUAGUCAUAGCUCCGGCUGUCAGUUAGAGCAGCUCUUGCGGAGGUAGCGCCUGCACCGCUGUGUUACAGGCCAAAUUUUUCUUUUUUUUUAAGGACCACCUCUUAUAAUAGCUAUGCAUACGAGCAUCCGGAUGGAUCUCGAAGAUACAUGCAUGUCGAUUUUCGCAACAUCCGGUGGCUCAUUUUUUGGAUAAAUUCCU